AUCAUGACGGAUUCCUCUUCCAGCUGGUGGAGUCGGACCUUUCUGAGGAGACAAAAGCCCAAGGAUCAGCACGAGAUCCCUGCAGAGGUUGUUUUCAAUGCCACCACUGGCCAGCAGGGGGCAGCAACUGCAGCCGCUGCCCAGGCAGAGGUCACUGUGAACGACUCUCAGCUGGACAACCGACUGGAACGAAUCAUAGAUAAGACGACAGCCAGCAGGGGGCGCGACCUUAAGGUGUCGCACUCUGGAAGGUUCAAGGAGAAGAAGAAAGUGCGGGCCACGUUGGCAGAGAAGCCAGACAUGUUUACACAAGGUGAACCUGCCAGGAAUGAGAUUAAGACGGCAAUGAAGUGA